CCGCAAUAAGACGCGCUGUCCGCCCCUCGGCCGGCCCGGCGCUUCCCGUGCGGCGGCCCCGGCGCUCUCCGUGCGCCUUCAGCCCGGUAGCCAGCCAAGAGUGUGUGGUGGCCUCUAUAUAAAGCAGCUCUUCAGCCUCUUCUGGGACUUGUGGAGGUUGUUCCUUUGCCAUAGGAAAGAUGUAUUGUUAUUAAAUGCCAGACCUGCUGCCGUCUGUGCCAAGCUGCAAUCAAAAUGGCAAAGUAUAGGCUCGUUCUCCUAAGACAUGGGGAAGGAGCCUGGACCAAGGAGAAUCGCUUCUGCAGCUGGGUGGACCAGAAGCUGAGCAGUGAUGGGAUCAAGGAAGCUCAGAACUGUGGCAAACACCUCAAAGCCCUGGGCUUCGAGUUUGACCUGGUCUUCACUUCCGUGCUGAGCCGCUCCAUCCAGACCGCCUGGCUGAUCCUGGAGGAGAUGGGCCAGGAGUGGGUCCCCAUUCAGAGCUCCUGGAGGCUGAAUGAGCGUCACUACGGAGCGCUGAUCGGACUCAACAGGGCGGAGAUGGCUCUGAAUCACGGCGAGGAGCAAGUGAAAAUCUGGAGGAGAAGCUACGAUGUCACCCCGCCUCCCAUCUCGGAAUCUCACCCCUAUUAUGCAGAGAUCUACAACGACCGCCGCUAUAAAUGCAGUGAUGUCUCUCAGGAGAAUCUCCCCAAGGCUGAAAGUCUCAAAGAUGUGCUUGACAGACUCCUUCCCUACUGGAAUGAAAAGAUAGUGCCAGAACUGAAAAGUGGCAAAAUGAUUCUUAUCUCUGCUCAUGGCAACAGCAGCAGGGCGUUGCUGAAGCACAUCGAAGGCAUCUCCGAUGAGGACAUCAUCAAUGUCACCCUCCCCACUGGUGUGCCCAUACUCCUUGAACUGGAUGAGAAUUUGCACCCUCUGGGCCCUCACCAGUUUCUGGGUGACCAAGAAGCUAUCCAAGCUGCCAUCAAAAAAGUGGAAGAUCAAGGGAAAGUAAAAUCUGCUGAGAAGUAAAAUCCCACUGUCUAACACAGCUGUGUUCAGUGUGGUAGUGGGUGGCAAUGUGUGUAUGACUGCUAGGUUGCACUGUGUGAAUGUCUCAAUUUCAAGCACUAAAUAAUUGGAAGGGACAAUUGUUCAAUCUCAGGUUGGUAGUUUUAACCCUCUGCCUUGUCAAAAACUGGAAUUUAGAUUGCAGCAUGAGGUUUUCAGUACUGGAAGGGGUUAUUCAGGUAAUGGAAACUUGCAGGGCAGUCUGCCCCAAAUCCACCACUGAGGAUGGCCCAGGAGAGAAAUAAAGGGAUAUGUUAUUGGUGUCUAUCAACAAUCAGUCCUAAUGUGUGAAGGAGAAAAGCACCAGCUUACUGGACUGAUUCAAGUGCAGGAUGUCACAGGCAAUAAAACUGUCACUAAUAAAAUGCAACCAGAUAACUCUGUUAUCAACCAUGAUUUCUCUGUGUCAUAACAACCUUGUUCAUUUGUUCUUGAUGGAUUUCCUUCAGUCUUUCAGAAUACUUCUAGCUGGACAACUCUCUGCCUUUGUUAUUUUGAGUCUUCUGUGGCCAGUUCAUGGUCCAGAUAAUUUUGUAGAGAUAUUCUGACUAUGAGAGUUGCUGUAAUUGUCUUUUGUUACACUGUAUUUGGUUUUUAAGGAAUCCAAAUAGAAUCGUUUUUCCUCCACCAUCUUUGCAAAGCCUAGCAUCACUGCAUUUUGCUGGCUUGCAGUCAUAGGGUUUAAUACUUUAAUCCACAAACACCUGAGUUUCUCAUUCUGACCUUGGAUAUCAAUGUGGGUGACACUUGUGUGUGCUGCUUGAGCUGGAUGUGUUCUCAGCAUGGCCCAGCUACAAAUCUCCAUGUUGAUAAGAAUUUCCUUGAUAUGAGAAAGUUUUAAAAUCCUAGAGGAGCUGCUUCUUUGCAGUGAGCAGCUCUGGAGCUUGCUUUGUAAGUGUGAGAAGAUUUUUUUUUUUUUCUUUUGAGGAGAGCAGUGUGACAGUGUGGUGUGCCUCUGACAGUCUUGCUGACAAGUGGAGCAAGGCUUUGCAAGUCUGAUGCCAGCUCACAUUAGAGCAGCACAUACUCCAGAAAAGACUUCUUGCUAGAAGGUAGUUUCUCAUGCAUGAAUGGUACUUCUACUUCUCUUUGGUUUUGUUUUUGUAGCCCUUGCAGUAGGAACAAAAUUACAUGUUUCUCUUUUAAACAUAAAGCUGGUAGGUUUCUUCUUUGUACAGUAGAGCUAUUUCAGUGGAGUUUAUUUUGGUUGUUUGUUGUUUUUUUUUUCCCCUGGGAAAUGCUAUUAGCAGCUUCUCUGCUACUUGAUUUGAUACUGACUUAGUUUCUGGGGUUUUAGUUUCUGUGCUUAGAGUAAUUCUGAAUCUUAGCUGAUAGUUUACAAGUGAGUGUUACAGUGUUAGAUUGCUGAUCAGCAAAUGUUCACCUGUGAAAGCCCUGAAAAGGGUCACUGGCACUCAGGUUAAUAAAUUCUUCCCCAAAUAUUAAAUAAUGUGUGAAGCUAAUAUCAAGUAAAUGUUGCUGUAGAUGUGUAAACAAGACUAGCAGAGCCACCUGUUGCCAGAGGGAGCUGUGUGUAUCCAAGUGUGUGGGCACACAGUCCACAUCUGGAUCCCUUUGGCAUUAUGGAAUUGCAAUGCAGAACUUCUUCAGGUUGUGACACACAGCUGGAGUGUUCUCAGAAAUGAGCCCAGCUGAACUGGGAGACAGGAUCUCCUCCCCUUGACUCAGAGAAUCCAUCAUCUCUUCACCUUGCAAAAAUAUCCUGUGGAACCAACUGGGAUUUCAUUAUGCUCUUUAAGCUUGCAAUUUUGAGUGACCUUUUAAUUAAAAUCCUGAUUCAUAAGUUUUGUCUGUUGAACAGAAACCAAGUUCCAUCAACAGUGGCAUAAGGAUUCCUGAUCUUUGGGCAUAGCUACAUCAGAGGGAGGAAUGAGAAUCUGGCCUUAGAGAUCAGUGGUUGGGAAGCAUUUUUCCCUGUGUUUGAGUGUGCCUCAAAGUCCUAUAAAGUAAAUGCUGUUUUUACAGUUAACAUAAUAGAUGUGGUUGAUUUGGUUUGUUUAUGCAUUUUUACCACGUGGUUCAGUAGCAGUAAUAGCUCUAGAUCAUCUUGAAAACCUUUGUAAAUAUGGUGGAGUUGGCAGGUUCUUUAUAACUCAAUAAAUUCACCCAAAAUACAAUUUAA